AUGUAUUUGAAUACCAAAAUUUUUAAAGCAAUAGCUUUUAAACCACCUACACCCUUGCCUUUGUCCUACUGGCUUCUAAUUUUAGUGAGAUUUCUAUUAACAUUGUUGCCACAGACAGGGUACAUCCAUCCAGAUGAAUAUUUUCAAAAUGUAGAAGUUUUAGCAGGAGAUAUUUUAGGAACAGAUGUGGCCAGAACAUGGGAAUUCAAUCCAAAAUUUCCUAUAAGGAAUAUAUUUGUACCAAAACUUAUUUUAGCUCCACCAUUACAUUUUAUCAGAAUAACAAAUCCCUACACAAAACACUUUUUAAAUAUUGAUUUAAGAACACCAUAUUACUUGCUUGUUUUACCUCGUCUGUUUAUUUGCUUCUUGUCACUUAUUAAUGAUUUUUGUCUGUACAAGAUAUGUGUUAACUAUGGACAAAAUUUUAGAAAUAGACUUACCAUUUUUGCAAGUUCAUAUGUGAUAUUGGUAUACUGCUGCAGAAGCUUUUCAAAUGCAUUUGAAACAAUAUUUUUCUCCGUCCUUCUGUGGUUGGUGUCAGAAUGUAUGUUGAAAUCAGACAAAGUGAUCUACCAUGAUGAAUUUUUAAAUAAAAAAUAUAAGGAGGCCAGUACGCCUGUAGAGAGAGUGAAAAUAUUUAAACUCAAAACUCAUUUACCGGGGCACUCUUUGAAUUGGGUGGCUGUGUUAGCAACUGUAGUAGUAAUUGGCAUAUUCAAUAGACCAACAUUUGUCGGCUUUGCUUUCCCUCCAAUAUUCUUUUGGUUACAUAGAGGGCUGGGGUCAACUGUGGUUGGAUUUAAAGACUUCCACUAUAGAAUGAUAACAUUUAUUUUAUGUGGAAUACCCAUUACCUUGUUUCUAAUAUUAGUAGAUUCAUAUUACUAUGGAUAUUUAACUAUGGCUGAUAUUGAAUCUUUGAAAAUAUCAUGGGAUAAUUGGGUUGUUACUCCUCUAAAUUUCCUAAGAUAUAAUACAAACAUGGGGAACUUGAGUGACCAUGGCAUUCAUCCUCGCUGGCUACACAUCAUUGUUAAUGUACCACUUCUGUUCAAUGUUCUUGGCAUCAUAGCUAUUAUUGUUUUAACAGUUCACAUUUACAGAUUUCCUUAG